CGGAUUUCAGUGCCGGCUAGGAUCCAUUCUGUUACGCAAUGAAAGUCUUCCUCAACACCAAGAAAUCCAAGCCACAAUAUCGGGAUCAAUAUAUUGAAAAAACAACAACAAAAAGGCCGGUCACAAAAUCAACAUUUCGGACCAUAUCCUUGAACCAAGGGAAAAGGCAUUGAACGUUUAUCGCGGGAUCAUUUCCGCAUUGCCCCCGCGGAACUUGUUCCACUCGAUACGGGGUGUGGUCCGGCUUUCAUCAUCGCUCAUACAACACCCAGAAGAGAGAUCGAAAUUGCUCCGGCAUUAGCCCGUAAUAAGCUACGCAGUAAAGGCCCGGCCAACCUGCCGGCCGUAAACAGCAUGCCGGCUCCCACCCUAGCAGACAUUGUCUUCUCGGAGCAAGCCAACCACAACUUCUCCAAGAUCCUGGGAGAUCUCAAGAAGUCGAACCUCUCCAUCACGAAUCGGCUCAAGUCCAUACAGCACGAUGCGGCCUUCGUUCACGAGGUAGCUGAUGUUCUCGGCCUUCCGCUCGUCGCUAAUGAGCGAUGCGGCAGCUGGUAUAUUGAUCCCCAACUGAAGAGGUCGUCGGCUUACUUUAAGAGCACCGAUGGGCACACGGGCCAGUGGAAGUUUAGCACGAGGAGGCUAAACUUUCAUCUUUUGGAGGUCAUUGGGCGGAACGAUGGAUGCAUCAUCGUAGACUCAACCCGGCGAGGCAAGCGCAUGCCCGACGCCCUCAGCAAAACAAUCCCAAUCUGGUGCACCGUCCUUAACCAGGCCCUCUUCCCCUCCCACCCCGAAUCCCACACCCUCCACGUCCCCCCAACCGUAGUCUCCUCCUCCGAGCACUCUCAAAUGUCCUCCCGCCUUCCCUUCUUCCUCAGCUCCCUCCUCGCUCUCCAGCCCGAUAUUCCCUCCCUCCGCCAAAACAUACAAAAACCCCUCCGCCCCCUUUGGGUGACCCCAGACGACGAACUAACUCCCGAGAUGGUCGAUGAAAUCAAAGUCUCCUUCCACCCCGUCGUCUGCUGCACCAGCUCCCGCCGGGUGGUAGGUACGGAGAUGAGUGAAGAGGGGUAUAUCCAGGGCGCGGGCGAUGACACGGAGAACUGGGCGCAUGGACUGACGGCGCCGCUGUUUUGGGCGAACCAGAGGCAACUGUUGGAGACGCCGGAGGGGGAUUUACCGGGCUUGAUAGAGAUGCUGGUUGCGAAUUCGGAGGCGGGCGGACAAGCGGUGGGGGAACUGAAGAGGGUUGCCCCGAGGCUGUUGGUGGGUGCGUUAUCGGCUGAGGAGAAGGCGCUGACUUCUUCUUCCCAAGAAAACAUUUGCGUGGUUAGUCUUGUGCCGAAGACAACGGAAAAGGAGACGUGGGAGAAGUCGAAGAGGCAUAUGGAGGUUGGGCUGGGCAAAAGCAAGACUGCGAGCCGGUUCUUGAGAGAGGCACUGCCGAGUAUUUGCGACUUUGUCUCGCGGUUCCUGCAAGAAUGCGCUGAUGCCGAUGCCGAGACGGGCACAAGCACUGGCAAAGACGCAAACAAAGAGAUUGUCUUGCUGUGCGAGUCUGGUAGGGACUUGUCGGUUGGAGUAGCACUGGCUCUUUACUGCUGGUGCUUCGUCGACUCGGCUGGGACUGUAAGGUCUGCAGCGGACCAGGGACAGAAUCACAAUAAGGCUUCCAUUCGGGUGAAGCUGGGUCAUAUCAUGACGGCAUUUCCCGAUGCCAACCCGAGCAGGUCAACUCUUCAGAGCGUAAACAGUUUCCUGAUGGACUGGCGCAACUGAAAGAAAUUCGGUCUAAUUUAUGCAAAACCAAGAAAACACGAUGGAUAUCAUCUAAAAACGCCCUCUAAAAGUCACCCUUCUCGAUCGCCGCCAGGUACCCCUCAAACUGGUUCCAGUCCCUCAUGAUGAUGGAAGCACCCGCUUGCGCCAGGACCUUCUCCAUCUUAAGUCGUUCCUCGGCCUUGUAGGGUCCAACAUAACCAAUGACCUUGAUGCCAGCCCUCGCGGCGCUUAGCGUCCCGCUUUUGCUGUCCUCGAUCGCCAGGCACUCCUCCGCCUUCUUUCCCAGCUCUUUGAGCGCGUGUAGGUAGAUGGCCGGAUCGGGCUUGCUCGUCGGCGGGUUCAGACUCGUGGCCGCGCUGAACACACGGUCGCCAAAGUACUUGUCCUGGCCAACCUUUUCAAUGCUGGCCUUGACGCGGCGCAGCGCCGAGCUGCUCACGACCGCAAGCUCGUAUUUGCCCUCAGCCGCCAGUCGCUCGAGCACGCCGUCGACAUUAGGGCAGGGCGAGAGCUUUUCCUGGAUCUUGGCAAUCACCACGUCCUCCUCCUUCUUCACGUACAUCUCCAUUUCCUCAUCGGUGAGCGGGAAGCCGUACCGCUCCUGCAGCGAGCGCAGCAUGCCCCGGAAGUUCUGGCCAACAAACUCAACGAUGAGCGAUUCGCCCGUGAAAGGCUUUUCGAGCGGGAUGUUUUUGGUGGCGGCGAUCUGGUUAAUCAGGUCGGCGCAGCCUUCGAAGGCAACCUCCUCCGAGAGGACGAGGGUGUUGUCGCAGUCAAAGAGGAGGGUGGUGAUCUGCGUAACGGACUAAUUGUUAGAGAUCAUUCAUACAAACCUAUUUGGUCUGGGGGGAUGUCUCUUACCUUGCCCAUUUUGACUGAUUGGUAGUUGAGCGUUUGAGUUGGGUACUGAAGGUGUCUUUAGAUGAUAACGUCGCUAGCGUUCUUCGGCCGUGAUCUCCAAGAGUUCCCGGUUAAGAUAAGUAGCCGAAAGGAUGAUCGUGAUGAGCAAAUGGGUAUCUCGUAAACACGAAGCAAUUUAAGCUAUGAGCAAAAGUCGUGUGGAGCAAGAGCGAAAGCACGUCUGCUAAGAGGCGAGGAUAGAGAGCGAGGGUGAGUGCGGUAGGUUAGAGGUGGAAAUAAUAGCCGUUUUGUAGGGAGGAAGAGAAGAUAAGAGGAUGAAGGAGUAAAUAAGAGGAAGGAAAGAGC